AGAUUCUAAAAUUGUUAGUUCCGUAAGAAUUUGAUUCUCCUGCCAGAAUAAUGGGGGCGCUUCUGUUUCGAAAAAUGAGUAAGCGUAGAGUAUGUAGCCUCAAUAUCCGCAUAGCCGUAGCUGUGUAUCAUAACCUAUCGAAGUGCUUCUUCGUACUCGUAAAUAGACGCCCUAACAACGCCCUAAUUGCAUGAAUCUUUUGAAUUUUUCUGAAAUUUUGUGAAAAAGAAUUGGACAAAUAUUUAAAAUGGAUCAACUGGAUGAACCUAUGGACGUAGAAAUAAUUCCAGUUACCGAUGAUGCCAAGAAUGUUGAUUCUGAGCAAAUCGAUGUAGAAAUUUUUAAUUCAAACAACAUGCAACAACCAGAGAUACAGUUAGAUAGCCGUUAUGAGAAUCGUGGUGGUACUUUCAUGACAGGCGUAGAUAUAUUUAGUAAGGAAGAAAAAUUGAAAAUGGAAGAAAGAGCCAAACGUUUUGGAUUAACUGACAAAAUAAAGAAUAAUUUAUCAAAUCCAGAACAAGAUUUGUAUUCUAGUAUGGGCAUUGUAGAAGAUAGUGAAAAUACAAAAAAUAUCAGACUAAAUGUAAUACACAUGAGAGGCACGGAAGAAAUGAGUACGAAAGAUGUCUUCAAAUAUUUUGAAGAUUAUGCUCCAGCCUCCAUUGAAUGGAUUAAUGAUGUUUCAUGUAAUGUGGUAUGGUUAGAUAAUUUAUCAGCAGCUAGAGCUAUAUUGGGAUUAUCAAAAAGAAUUAUUGGUUUGGAAAAGCAACAAACUAUAAAAUCAUUCGAUGGUAAUCCCGAUGAUGAAAACAAUGUAACUAAUGAUGAUUCCAUCAUUGAAAUGGACGAAGAUCAUGAGAUCACAAACACUACAAAGGAGACAGGAGAAGAUUAUAUAAGUAUCAAGGAUAUUAAUUGCCCAUUACCUCCUGGCUUGUGGAGGAAAGGGAUAAAUUAUCCUAAAUCUAAAGCAAUAUUCCUCAGAUUUGCUACCAGAGCCGAUAAAAAGCAACCUAAUGCAGAGAAAAUGAGUGAAUAUUAUAAAAAAUAUGGAAACCCCAAUUUUGGAGGUAUUAAAGGAAUUUUAACUGAGUCUCGAAAACGGUUGUACAAACAAAUCAGACAAAAUAAAAGAAAAUUCAAAGAAGAGCUGCAAGACGAUGUUAAAGAUAGAAAACGUGUGAAGAACCCCUGGGGUGCAUUGUCUGAAACUUGGGGACUCAAUGAUGCUAUAGAAAGUGAGUUUGGCACCAGAAAUGAACCUAAAGAUCAAGGGCGUAGUGUAAAGGAAAGAUUAGGGGUAAAAUAUCCUUCAAAAGAAACUACACACACUGAAGAACAACGAAGUAAUUCGAGCAGUGAUAGUGAAGAUGAGUGGUGUAAAAGAAGUAAAGUGUUGCGAAUGCGAAUGCAUGCGGAUGAUGAAGAAGAGAAGAUACACAAACGACGUGCCAAACUUCAACAGACUAUGUUAAAUAAUUUAACUAGAGGCAAUGAUUUACGAUCGAGGCUCAGCUCUCCGAGGAAAGGAACACAAUUUCAUGAUGCAAUUCAAGUAGUUGUAACAAAUACAACUGCAACAAAGUCGAAUUCUUUAAAGCUUAAUGACUCAGAGGAGGAAGAUGGUGAAAUUAUCGAAGAUAAUGAGAGCCAGGAAAAGGAAGAGAGCGAAUGGCAAGGCUCUGAUGGAGAGGAACAGGAAGAAGAAAACGAGGAUGAAGACUAUAGUGAUGAAGAUAGUGACAAACCCGCAAGAGAAGUUCAAGGACCUAAGGGCAGUGUAAUAAAAGUAGUUCAACAUAAACCUCGCGUUGCUUCCACAGUGUGGGCAAGACUGAACAAUGUAAAAAGUGAGGUUGUUGAUAACUCCAUUAAAGAUAGGCAACCAAGAAUACGAGAUCUAAGAAAUACAUUAAAAGGUGAUCUUCGGUCUCGAAUCAGAAAUCAUACAAGAGGUCGCUCUCCUUUAAGGAUAGAAGUGAAAAAUGACAAAUAUACCGAAGGAAGUGAAACAGAAUAAUUGUCGAUUAGUCGAACGAAUUGUGACAAAAAUGUGAAAUAUGGUUGUGGUGUUGUUUCAGUGGAAGAGUAUGAUGUGGUGCAAACUUCAUAACUGAUGUAUAAAAGUACAGAAAAUGCACUCAUUACACCGAAUUUAUUACAACUUCAUUUAGCUCAUAGGUUCUUGUUUAAAUUAACGAUGCCCUAAAAUUACACGAAGUCAUAUUUUAAUCGUGAGCAUAUUUAUUUAUGUUAAUAAGAUAUAUACGGAAAAAUCUUUUUGAUAUACAAUCGAAUAAUGAAAUUUGAAACAAUGUAUAUUUUUAGUCUCAAUUGAUUAUGUAUCUUGCACUACCAGAAUAGACCAAGUUUCUGUGCGUAUAAGAAUUUAAAAUUUUAUGUUUAAGUACAAAUAUUUUGAGAGAAUAUAUAUUGUAUAGAUAUUUCUGGGUAUAAAAUUUCCCCAUAUUUUUUAUUCAUAUUACACAAUUAUAAGUACGGAUCGUACAUUAAUCUUUUAAUACGACUAAUGUUAACAUUUUGCACAUAUUGAUAAUCAAGUAUCAUCUUCCUAUUUUUAAAAUGCGAUAAAAUAUAAAUUAGCGGGUAAUGGGUGCUUCUUGGAGUGUAUAUAAAUAUUAUCUAGGAUAUAGAUAACAAUAAAAAAGUUUUUCGAUUAACACAUUGCGUACUGAGAAAGAUAGGACAUAUUUUUAAAUAUUCGUUUGUACAAUUAACACUUUUACUGAGAAUCGUGCAUUUUAUAAUUCCAAUUGGAAAAAAAGAUAUUUUUGGAUACGUCAUAAUUAACAGAGAAAUAAAUUUAUACUUUAUCGUACAAAAAAAUUCUGCAAACGAAUAUUUAAUUAAUUGCACAUCGAAGUGAUUUUAUAAUCUGUUUUGUCUUCGGCGAUUACAUCAGCUUAAAAAGGCAAUGAAAAGUGAGGAAAAAUACUCGAUACGGUUGUAAAUAAAAAUAAAAUUGUACGAGACUAAUACUAAUAUCUUGUACCGAGACUAUAUAUGUCGAGCAUUUAAGAUAUAUUUUCCUUACGUACGUAAUAACUAAUAAAAUGUUCCGAAAGCUGUGAUUUCUUAGACGUAAACAUUAAAUGAAAAGGAGAUGCAAUUUCAUAACGCCAGUUAAUCAGCCCUCUUUGAUUUCAAUUACAGAAUGAAAUUUUUGUUGUGUAAUAAUUAAAGAUCUAUGUGUAAUUUUUACACAUAUCCAACAAGAUGUAAAAAAUAUGACAAAUGGACAGAAUUAUAUGAAUAUUCUGUAUCUUCAAGUUCAGAAGAAAUAGGGAUAAGAAUAAUUAUGACAUCGAUUCCGAAUAAUUGACCAAUAAAGCCGCUUUUAUAUUAGCACGAUAAUACUUUGAAUAGUCAUUUUAAAAUACAAUAAUCGAUAAUUAUGAUUUCAGUACAUAUAUAUGUAUAAUAUAUAUAUAUAUAUAUAUUUAUCAUUUACACAAAUAACAAUUAGUCAGAGAAAUAUUCGGCUGAAGUAAUUUGAGAAAGAAAAAUAAGAAAAAAAAAGAAAUAUGUAUCGUUCGAAGAACACAGUGGAUUAUCGGAAUAUUCUUUUAGCCGCAUUCAUAGGUUUCUAGCCGUUACUUUGAUUCUCUACGUUAAUUUAAUCUCACUUUUGUACUGCUUACGGUCUCAAAUAAAAAUUAUUCUACUGCAAUUUAUUAAAUAAAAAAUAUUUAAGAGGAUUCUAAGAAAAAUAAUUAAUCACAUUACAAAUGACUAAGUGGAAGCUCAAAAUAUUGAAAAUGAUAGAUUCUAUGAAUGCAGCUUGGAGGCACGAGGUAAUGUAAUGCAUUAACAAACGAGAUGCGAUAUUUUUGACGCUAUUAAAGCGCGUGACAGUUUUUUUAACUUACAUAUUUAUCUAAAAUCGCGUGAAAACCAUUUGGUAACUACAUUUGCUAACCGUGACUUGAAUUUACCUAAUAUUAUUAUAUCUACAUUUUUAUAUGUUUCAUCACGUGUAAGAUCUACUAGAUUCGUGAACUAGUCCUCGCCAACUAAUAUUCAUUUCUCUCUGUUUGCUUCAGAAUCAGAAAUAUCAAUCUCGUUUGCUAAAAGGCAAUCGUGCAAGAUAUCGAGGAUCUCUUUCGUCUAUCCUACAUAAAAACUGUUGAUGUAUUUUUUAAUUUAAUAUUUUUCCCUUUGUCAAGCCAAUCAAUAAACGCCAUUUUCUUAGUAUUA